AUGUCUUGGUGUGUCUCUAACGUGUUUCUUUUGCACCCCAAAUUGGACGAGAGUGACAGAGAAGGAAGAAGGGCUUUUAAAGGGCGUAAAGAUAUCAAGCAUAAAGGUGAUUCCUGGCGAUUAUUUGGAGGGAUAUUUUGUUCUGAUGGUGCGACUAUUAUGGAGGCUCACAGGAUUGUUGUUGAGGCUAUGAACGCUAGGCGAAUUCUCAUUGUCAUGGAAGGAAUUACGUCCGAAUGCUUUACUCGAGAGUAG